CAGAAGCUUUCCACCGCCCUCUGAGCACGUUUUGCAACUAUUGAGCAAGUUGAGUAUCAGGCACCAUUCAUCUCCCCCAUAAACCAGAAAACAACAGUAACGCUUUCUGCACAGUGAGAUAAUUACUGUCCCUCUGAGGCUCUUGGGAAAAGCUGCCUGUGCUUCGCGCUUCAGAGAUUACGUGAGCUGCAAUCGUUCCCCAGAGGUUGGCUGAGUGAGCAAACUGUUCUGCUUCCUGCUUGUGCAAUGUACGAUGCUGUGUAACACGGCGCUGCGCUUCCACCAGCAGCCAGCCCUCCCCUCACUGCAGGCAGUGCUCCUGCCUCCGGAUCCCAUCGUCCUGCCUGACAGUGGAGCUCCAUCUCCACCAGCACAUCCCAGAGCUGAUUCCCAGCUGUUCCACUCUCUCCCCCGGGUAGAACACGAGCAAAACGGCCACACAGGCCCACCUGUGGGUCCCCCAGCACACCUCGCAUGCAGCGGCUUUGCUGCAGGGCGCAGCACAACUGGUGGCAGCUCCGAUUCCAUGGGGAAGCCAGUGAGCUCAGUUGCUCUUUCGCAGCUAUUAUUGUUUAACUGGUAAAUAUUUCCUUUAAAUGCCUACAUGAUCUCAAAAAACAAAAAACAAACAAACAAAAAAACUUGCAAAACUUAAUGGGAACAAAUAUUCCCAGGAGGGUGUAUCCUGCCAUUCAGUUACACAUCAGACCCCUGCUAUCUUUAAGGCUGGUUCUGAGCACGGGCAGGCGCCUAAGUCAUUUGAAAAACAAUAAGCCUCUGUGCUCUAAUUUCCCAGGGAAAAAUGUAGACAAAACAAGUGGCAGUUUGGCACUAACCGAACUGCAGAUUUUUUUUAUUUGAUAAAUAAAUGAGUGCUUAAUAGCAAAAGCCUGCGGGCAGCCGGGGGACCGAUCUGCCUCAUCGGUCCCGGGGCAUCCAAGGGAGCCUUCAAGCGUCCCAAGGGCUCGCAGGGCUGAUCCCUGUCCCGGCAACUCACUGCACUCUCCUGCAGGAGUUUGCUGUUGGAAUGAGCUCAGGGAGAUCACCGGGGCACGGUGGGACCCCAUGGAGCGAUGUGGUGUGGCGGGUGUCCGGGGGAAGGAGAUGCAGAACCAGACACAGUCUUUAUUAGCACAGAGAGAUAAAUUUGCCCUGGUCACUGCACCGGUGACGGGAGAUUUCACGGUAGCCUGGGAAGGGCUGGGGGCUUCGCAGGGAUCUCCCUGCCUCCCCGUUAAUCCCCUGCCCACCCAGGAGUGCCGCUCUGCGACGGGGUCGGGGAUCUCGUAGCGCGGUGCGGGGCCGUCCGGGCGCUCUGCAGAGUUCGCCGCUGAGCAGCAAGCCAUGCAGUAGGAGCCCAUGCUUCCCACCGAGGAGUGACCCUGGUGUGUGCCACACAGCCCAGAGUGCUGCAGGACGAGACAGGACAUGCGCCGAAUCAGCUGCCUUCUUUCGGGACUCGCCUUCAUCCUCAGUGCCACCAGCACAGACAGUUUCGCCCGGGUGGGCCGCAGGACCUGCGCUGCGGAGCCGCGGAGCCGCACAGCUGCCCACACCGAGUCCCACGUGCAGCCCGUGUACCUGCCCUACCUCACCACCUGCCAGGGCCACCGCCUGUGCAGCACCUACAGGACCAUCUAUAAGGUUGCCUACCGGCAGGUGUACAAACAGGUACCUCAGCCUGUGGCCUCGUGCUGUCCUGGAUGGAGCAGAACCAGCAGCUACGAGCUCAGCUGCAACACAGCUCUGUGCCAGUUGCCAUGCCAGAAUGGCGGCCGCUGCACCUUCCCUGGAAGAUGUGCCUGCCCGCCCGGCUGGAUGGGGCCUUCCUGCCAGACAGAUGCAGAUGAAUGUGCCAGCCGGAGCCAUGGGUGCAGCCAGCUCUGCGUCAAUACAGCUGGGAGCUUCCAUUGUGCCUGCUGGGAUGGCUUUAGCCUCGCUGCUGAUAACAAGGCAUGCCAGCCCGUGGUGCCAGGCCCCGAGCCAGGAACCUUCAGCCAAGCAGAUCCCUCCAGUGAAAUGAAGGAAGAAAUGAAAGACCUGAAGAACAGAGUGGAAGCACUGGAGCAGAAACUCCAGUUGGUGCUGGCUCCCUUCCACAACCUCAUGCCAUCUGCACCAGAGGACGUUGGCACAGACCCCAUCAGCCGACUGUCCCACUCCCUCCAGCAGCUGGACAGAAUUGACUCCUUGAGCGAGCAGAUCUCCUUCCUGGAGGAGCGGCUGGAGACAUGUUCCUGCAAGAAUGAACUCUAGCUGAGCACCCAAAGAAUCAGAACAGGCAGACUGUAUCUGUACUUGUCUCUCUCUCUCCAGCCCCAGUCUGGGGCCAAAGACGCAUCAUCUCCAGGAAGACGCAGGGUAGAAUGACAAGGCUGGUUUCCCAUCAGAUUCCCAGUAUUUUCUCUUCCAACUCACCUUACCAAAAGUCAUGAAGUUACUUCCAAACUGGACUUUUAACCCUGAGCAUCUCACCCCACUCCUGCUGGAGAGGCAGAAAAUAAAUGCCUUACCUCAUGCCA